CUCCAGGCUCUCUCUUUCUCAACAAGAUGGCUACACCGGCGGUCCCGGCAAGUAGUCCUCCCGCCACUCCGGCCCCAGCCCCAGCCCCGGCCGUCGCCCCGGCCCCAGCCUCUGCCCCAGCUCCCGCGCCAACGCCUGCUCCAGCGCCAGCUGCGGCUACAGCGCAGGCCGCGGCCCCGGCUUCACCCACAGACGCCGCGGCUGCGCCCGCAGCUCCAGGCCAAACCGCGGCCUCGGCGCAAGCCCCGGCUCAGACCCCUGCGCCCUCGCUGCCGGGUCCUGCUCUCCCAGGGCCCUUCCCCGGCGGCCGCGUGGUCAGGUUGCAUCCGGUCAUUCUGGCCUCCAUCGUCGACAGCUACGAGCGACGCAACGACGGCGCUGCGCGUGUUAUCGGCACCCUGCUGGGAACUGUUGACAAGCACUCAGUGGAGGUCACCAAUUGCUUUUCAGUGCCACACAAUGAAUCAGAAGAUGAAGUGGCUGUUGACAUGGAAUUUGCUAAGAACAUGUAUGAAUUGCACAAAAAAGUCUCUCCAAAUGAGCUCAUCCUGGGCUGGUAUGCCACAGGCCAUGACAUCACAGAGCACUCUGUGUUGAUCCAUGAGUACUACAGCCGGGAAGCCCCUAACCCCAUUCAUCUCACCGUGGACACUAGUCUCCAGAAUGGUCGCAUGAGCAUCAAGGCCUAUGUCAGCACUUUAAUGGGUGUCCCUGGUCGGACCAUGGGAGUGAUGUUCACACCUCUCACAGUGAAAUACGCAUAUUAUGAUACUGAACGCAUUGGAGUUGACCUGAUCAUGAAGACCUGUUUCAGCCCCAACCGAGUGAUCGGACUCUCCAGUGAUUUACAACAAGUGGGAGGGGCAUCUGCUCGCAUCCAGGAUGCCCUGAGCACAGUGUUGCAGUAUGCAGAGGAUGUGUUGUCUGGAAAGGUGUCAGCUGAUAAUACUGUGGGCCGCUUCUUGAUGAGCCUGGUUAACCAAGUACCCAAAAUAGUUCCUGACGACUUCGAGACCAUGCUCAACAGCAACAUCAAUGACUUGCUGAUGGUGACCUACCUGGCCAAUCUCACACAGUCACAGAUUGCCCUCAAUGAGAAACUUGUAAACCUGUGAAUGGACCCCAAGCAGAACUCCUGCUAGUCUGACUUUCAACCCUAGGACUAUAUGGAGGAGAAAUGGUUUCUUGGUGGUUUCUUGAGUCACACUGAGUCAGUCAGCUGCUUCUGACUCUGAAUAAACAUAGCCUACUUUUUGUAAUUGAA